GGAGCCCAGCGAGGGGGUCUGCCGGAGCCGCUGGGAUCCCCGGCCAGGAGGAUGCAAGAGAGAGAUGACAACCUGUCCGGCCUCAGUGGCAUGGAGGUGGAUGACCGCAUCUCCUACCUGGAGCAGCGCCUGCAGCUGCAGGAGGACGAGAUCCAAGUGCUGAAGGCGGCCUUGGCCGACGUCCUUCGGCGCCUGAGCGCCUGCGAGGAGAAUGGGCUCAACCUGUCGAAGAAGAGACCCGACAAAGUUUACCAGCUGCUGCGGGGGCUGCCCUCCAGGCCCAGCCUGAGCAAUGGGGUCGUCCCACACAGGAGAGGCUACGCCACCUCCCCCUCGUCCCCCAAGAGGGAGCUCCUUCCUGGGAAAAGCUUCAAAAAGCAUUCUGAAGGGUAUAAAUCUGCCCCCCCCCCGCCCCAAGAAGUUGAAAUGCAGUGGAAAUGCAAUAUAUGUAGAAUCAGGCUUGACUGGCACGGGCUGAACCGGAGGCGCUCCGGAGCCGUGGGGGAGGCAGGACGCCGUCCUCUGAGUUCAGGGGGCCGGCCCUGGCUCUCCCCGGCAGCAAGUGCUUCACUUGACCUGCCGGAUUCAGCCGGACUGAGCAGCCCACGGGCCUCAGGCAGGUCGUCGCAGAGCUACGUUCUUGUUCCCACUUCCAGCCCCCCGGGAGAAAGCGGCGUGUGCAGAGUCCUGCUCUGCAACAGGCCCGGAGCGUUCCGCUCCCGGGAUUUGGGGAGGAAAGGGAGCAGCCCAGCGUGGCAGGACGCCAUGCACGGCGGGCAUAGUAGCUGCCCCUCGCCGGAGCGCCCUGCCUCGCUCAAGCGCGAGAGUUUCAAGGACCAGAGGAGCCGCACGACUUCCUCCGGCAGCUGCUGCAGUGGGAAACGCGAAGGACCUCCCGUAAUUUCUCCAGGGGAAAUUCACCCGUCGACAGACCAGGGCAGCGGGGGCCAGUGUGGCUGCCUGCGGGUGCACACGGCCUUGGGAAAUAGGACCAGCUUCGACAGCCGGGAGCGGGCACGAGGCUUGGCCUCGGUUGGCCCGGCCAGCCUUGCCGACAAGCGCUCGGCCGAACUUCGCUGCCGCCGCUGGGCCCUGGCCAGCCCGGGCUCCUUUGGCUCAGCGUCAGGGCAGGGCGGAGCUGCAACGCCGGACUUCGAGAUACGCCCUUAUCGCGGCAGGCCGAACGCCCGCCCGACGGGGGCGCCUCCCGGCGGCUUCCCCGGAACAGGCACUCCAGCGCCCCGGAGGGCGAAGCCAAGCCGCCCGCGGGACUGCGCAGGAGGCCCAGGAGCGGAGCGGGCCGGGAGGGCGGCGCCUCGGACCCCGCCGGGACGCGCCGAGCCCGCGCCCGCCUUCGGUUCCAGCCAGGCGCCCCUCGGGCCUUCCGCCGCUCGCCCCAGCCCGGGAGCGCCGCCUCUCCCUCAGCGCGCGGGCCAGAGCGGAGCAGCCACCAUGCGGAAGGCGGCCGGGAGCAGCAGCCCCAGCAAACCAAAAGAGGCCACCUUCAACGCUGAGGAUGGUUACGUGAAGAUGUUCCUGCGGGGGCGCCCCAUCCCCAUGUUUGUCCCCGAUGCUGUGGUUGCCACCUACAGCCUGGACACCAAGCUGGAGCUGCCGCACAAGAAGCUGAAACUGGACUGGGUAUACGGGUAUCGGGGCCGUGACUGCCGGGCCAAUCUCUUCCUGCUACCCACGGGGGAGAUUGUGUAUUUUGUGGCUGCUGUGGCAGUUCUUUACAAUGUGGAGGAGCAGCGGCAGCGCCACUACCUGGGCCACACCGACGACAUCAAGUGCCUGGCUGUGCAUCCAGACAUGGUGACCGUAGCGACCGGACAGGUGGCCGGGACGUCUAAAGACGGCAAGGCACUGCCUCCCCACGUGCGUAUCUGGGAUUCGGUGAGCCUGAACACCCUUCACGUCCUGGGACCGGGACCCUUUGACCGAGCGGUGACCUGCAUCGGAUUCUCCAAGUCUAAUGGGGGCGGCCUCCUGUGUGCCGUGGACGACUCAAACGACCACGUCCUCUCCGUCUGGGAUUGGCAGAAGGAGCAGAAGCUGGCCGACGUGAAGUGUUCCAAUGAGUCUGUUCUGGCCGCCACUUUCCACCCCACGGAGCCAGCCCUCCUCAUCACCUGUGGAAAAUCCCACAUCCACUUCUGGACCCUGGAAGGAGGCAGCCUCAGCAAAAGGCAGGGCAUCUUCGAGAAACACCAGAAACCCAAGUACGUUCUGUGUGUGGCUUUUACAGAGAAUGGGGACACGGUGACCGGCGACUCCGGAGGGAACCUCUACGUCUGGGGGAAAGGAGGGAACCGGAUUUGUCACGCUGUGCCUGGAGCCCACGAGGGUGGCAUCUUUGGCCUGUGUGUGCUGCGGAAUGGGACCAUCCUCACAGGGGGCGGCAGAGAUCGCAGGGUUGUGCUCUGGGGACGGGAUUACCAAAAGCUGCAGGAGAACGAGGUCCUGGAGGGCUUUGGGCCCGUGCGCACCAUUGCUGAAGGAAAGGGCGAUUCUCUCUUUGUGGGCACCACCCGUAACUCGGUGCUCCAUGGGUCCUUGUCUACCGGCUUCUCUCUGCUGGUGCAGGGACACACAGAAGAGCUUUGGGGUCUGGCCACCCAUCCUACCCUGAACCAGUUCCUGACUUGUGGGCAAGACAAGCAGGUUCACCUGUGGAGCGUGGCCACCCACCAGCCUCUGUGGAGCAAGGGAAUCGAGGAUGCGGCUCGCUCAGCUGGCUUCCACCCCAAAGGCUCGGUCCUGGUGGUGGGCACUGUCACGGGCAGGUGGCUGGUGCUCGACACGGAGACCCGCGAUCUGGUGGCCAUUCACACGGAUGGAGGAGAGCCCAUUUCUGUUGUCAGCUUUUCCCCAGACGGGAAGUAUCUGGCUUUGGGGUCCCACGACAACUUGGUCUACAUCUACCUGGUCUCCGAGGGUGGCAGGAAAUACGGACGGGUUGGCAAAUGCUCAGGCCACUCCAGUUUCAUCACCCAUCUUGACUGGGCCUUUGACAGCAGCUGCUUGGUCACCAAUUCGGGAGACUAUGAGAUUCUGUAUUGGGACCCCUCCACGUGCCGGCAAAUCACCAGUGCCGAGGCUGUGCGCAACCUGGACUGGGCCACCACCACCUGCGUGCUGGGCUUUGGGGUUUUCGGAAUCUGGCCAGAGGGGGCGGAUGGCACUGAUAUCAACGCCGUGUGCCGCUCCCAUGAGGGGAAGCUCCUGGCAUCUGCCGAUGACUUUGGCAAAGUGCACUUGUUCUCCUACCCCUGUUGCCAGCCGCGGGCCCCCAGCCACACUUACAGCGGCCACAGCAGCCACGUCACCAACAUUGCCUUCCUCCACGAUGACAGCCUGCUUCUUUCCACUGGUGGGGUUGACACCAGUGUCCUCCAGUGGCGCCUCGUGUAGGGAUGGAGGUGUGGGGCAGCAAAUG